GUGGAUCGGCGGCGGCGGGCGGCGGGCAGCGAUGAUGCUGAGGGCCCGGGGAGCGGCGGGGGCGCUGCUCCGCCUCGCCGGCGCUGGAGCUGGAACUGGCGUACAGAGGGGCGGGGUCACUCCGCUAGCGCGCGCGGCGUUAGCUCGCGGCUUCCUGGAUUUCCGCAAGACGGGGAACAAGGAGGCCAUGGAGCAGGAGAAGGAGAAGAAGAAGGCCAGGCUUACCGAUGAAAUGAGUAGAGGCUACUUCGCAGACAUUGCUGAGAUCCGCAAGAAUGCCGGCAAGAUUGCGAUGGCGAGUAAGGUCAUCAUCCCGGAGGCAGAUGCUGUGAAGUUUCCUGAUCUUGCUGUGGAUUCCCCUGCUGGAGGGGCGCUGCAUCUGCCUCUUGUUGUGCCUGCUCUGCAAGGCGAUGAUGGUGAGGCUGGAGACCAUGUGAUUCCCGGUGCUUCUUUGGUGUGCCUUUCCUUCCGUGCAAGCUCGCUGAAAAUGGCAGAGUCAUGGAGUUUACCUUUCCUGGAUGCAUUCGGUGCUGCCAAGAAUGUGCAUGUUUAUGAGGUCUCAUUUAUAGAUUCUUGGCUAUUAUCAUUGAGUCCUGUGAGACGAGCAUUUCUCAAGGUGAUGAGGAAAUCUAACAAUCCACAGAGACAUGUUGUCUAUGGUUUCGGGGACCAUUAUGACUUCCGGAAGAAGCUUCAAAUUAUAAACCUUCUCACUGGAUACAUAUACCUGGUUGAUAGCCUGGGAAGAAUAAGAUGGCAAGGCUUUGGAUCCGCAACACAAGAAGAGCUGUUGUCACUUACAGCGUGUACCUCCAUUUUGUUAGAUGAAAAAUGAGAUGAGGUGGCUACCUUUUCUGUUUUUUUAACUUCUGGUAGAAGAUAUUUUGCUUUUCACUCAUCAAAUUGAGGCAUUUUUUUUUGGUGUGGCUAAUAAGUAUUGGAUGGCUGGUUUUCUGAUCUCCAAUCACAUUGUAGCAACAUUGAUUGCUUGAGGUACAGCCUCGAUUUUCUGGUUGCAAAUGAUAUCCAUACGUUACAGUAGCAUCAUUA